AUGUCCGACGACGACGAUUUCAUGCAGGAUUCUGAUCAGGAAGACUACGAUUUUGAGUACGAGGAUGAAGAUGAGGACCAGGCCGGCGAUGUCGACAUCGAGAACAAGUACUACAACGCCAAGCAGAUGAAGGUUGACAACCCAGAGGAGGCCAUCGAUGAGUUCUUGGGCGUCCCUGCCCUUGAGGAAGAGAAGNGAGACUGGUGCGUACCCUUGUCCUUGUCAGCCGACUCCUUGACUGACACCAGCCAGGGAUUCAAAGGCUUGAAGCAGGCCAUCAAGCUCGAGUUUAAGCUACGCCGCUACGAUGAGGCCGUCCAACACUACCAGGAGCUGCUCACCUACGUCAAAUCCGCCGUCACCCGCAACUACUCGGAAAAGUCCAUCAACAACAUGCUCGACUUCAUCGAGAAGAACGCAGAGGAUGACGCUGCCAACAAGUGCAUGGAGCAGUUCUACUCCAAGACACUUGACUCGUUCCAGAGCACAAAUAACGAACGUCUCUGGCUCAAGACAAACACAAAGUUGGCCCGUCUCUGGCUUGAUCAGAAGGACUACCGCCGCCUGACCGACAAGGUGCGCGAGCUACACAAGGCCUGUCAGUUGGAAGACGGUUCCGACGAUCCAAGCAAGGGCACAUACUCGCUCGAAGUCUACGCUCUGGAAAUCCUCAUGUAUGCCGAAACUCGCAACAACAAACGUCUCAAGGUCCNNGCCCUCUAUCAGCGUGCCCUCAAGGUCAGAUCGGCCGUGCCACAUCCCAAGAUUAUGGGCAUCAUCCGAGAAUGUGGAGGCAAGAUGCACAUGAGUGAAGGUUCGGGAACGCCACGCUUGCGCCUUUUUAGACCCCCAAUGCUGACCCGUCCCCUGCAGNAAAAUUGGAAGGAGGCUCAAUCAGACUUCUUCGAGUCGUUCCGCAAUUAUGAUGAGGCCGGCUCGUUGCAGAGAAUUCAAGUGCUCAAGUAUCUGGUUCUGACGACCAUGCUUAUGGGCUCCGAUAUCAACCCCUUUGAUUCACAGGAGACCAAGCCAUACAAGAACGAUCCUCGUAUCGCUGCCAUGACUGAGCUGGUCGAUGCUUACCAGCGAGAUGACAUUCACCGGUACGAGUCGAUCCUGCAGAAGAACAAGGAUCUGUUGGCCGACCCUUUCAUUGCCGAGAAUAUCGACGAAGUCACGCGAAACAUGCGCACAAAGGCCGUUGUCAAGCUGGUCGCUCCUUACACGCGUUUCCGCCUCUCUUUCAUUGCCAAGCAGCUGAACAUCUCCAUUCCAGAAGUCCAAGACAUUGUGGGCUUCUUGAUCAUGGACCAGAAGCUCCACGGCAAGAUCAACCAGGAAGCCGGAACUGUCGACAUUGAAAGUAGGGCAGACUUGGAUCGCAUGCACGCAGUCGCAGACUGGACAUCAGCUGUGCGUUCUCUGGCUGCAUUCGUCUUGAACGAUGGUGAGGGCUUCAAAGGUGACGAUGGAGCACCAUCCAUGGCAAAUCCCGAGGCGUACUUCCCUCCCUCUACGCAUCGCACCAACAUGCCUUCUGGGAAGCGCAGACUUCAAUCCCGAGUCCCAGGUUGA